AUGAUCUUAAGGGUCUACAAGUCCUUGGUGGGUGUCCUAGGCCUACUGGGUAAUUUUCUAGUCUGCGUGGUCAUCCUAAAGGUACGGGCCAUGCAAACGCGUACGAACGCGUUCAUCUUCAACCAGGCCGUGAUCGAUUUCUUCGGCUCUGUGGUCAUCAUCUUGCAGACGGAUGUGUCGCUGCCUGACCCUCUACCUAGCGGAGCCACUGGCUGGAUCUGGUGCCACAUCUGGAUCUCUCACUUCAUGACGAUGAUGUUCUUCGUCUCUUCCACGUUCAACCUGCUGGCCGUAACCCUAGAACGAUACUUUGCCAUCGUGUACCCUUUCAAGUACCAGGCCGCGUUCGCUUCGUACCCGCGGCUGAAGGUUGGGGGUGAUCAUAGCGAUCUGUUGGAUCUGCGGUUUGGCUAUCAAGAUCUACUCCCUCACGAUCGUGGAGAACACUCCGGACGUGUCGAGUUAAAGCGUCAAGCGAAUCGGUCCGGUCCGUCAACUGGCACCGUCAGCAGGGCCGUUGCUGCAGCUUCAGGGGCCCCAGAGAGCAUGAGCGAUUCCUUGCUGAGAGCCCGGCGCAACACCUUCAAGACCCUAUUGGUCGUUUUCGUCACUUUCCUGAUCUGCUGGUCUCCCAACCAGAUCAUCUUCCUGUCGUGGAACUUCGGCUGGGAUGCCAAGUUCACCGACUGGUACUUCGUCCUUACCUUGGCUCUGGUCGCAACCAACUCCUGCGUGAAUCCCUUCAUCUACGCUCUCAAGUACAAGCAGUUCAGGUACGGACUGCUGCAGAUACUAGGCAAGAAAUCGGCCCAAGUAGACGCAGCGUAA